AUGGGGUUGAGAGAUGCCUACUACCCAUUGGUGAUCGCUUCUUUGGUAAUUGAUGGCAUCGCCGUUGGUUUGAGACUCUGGGCACGAAGCAUCAAGAAAGCUAUCGGCUACGAUGACAUAGCUAUGAUGUUUUCUCUGGUCGGUUUCAUUAUCUUCUGCGCAAUGGAGGUUCAAGCGAUACGAUACGACAUUGGUGCAACAACGAUUGAACCCGACUUCGACCUUACAAAAGCAGCCAUGUUCUUCACAGCCGCUCAAAUCGUCUGCAUUCUCACCACCGGCAUCUCAAAACUUGCCGUUGGACUUGUACUCUUCCGCCUCGCGAACGGCGCCAGCAUGAAGAUAGUUCGAAGGGCUCUUGCGUUUUCAAUGAUCAUCGUGUCGCUUUGGUGCUUGGUAACCGCCUUGAUUUUUGGUCUGCAAUGGGCCCGUCCGCUGUCUGUGGCCUGGGGCGUUGGAGAAGGCUCAUGCCUUUCUACAGCCUUUCUAGGAACCACUGGAUUUGCACUAUCUGGUAUGGAUGUCACCAUCAGCUGGUUCUAUGCGCUUUUGCCUAUUUAUAUGCUAUACAGAACCCAGCUCCGCCUAAAGCUCAAGAUCAUGGUGAUGGUUUUACUCGGACUGGGUGCCGUAAGCUCCAUCGCAAUCAUCGUUCGUUUAAAAUAUCUUAUUGAUUUGAGCCGGCUAUCGCUAGCCUCUGGUGGUCUCGCAACACAAGAAGCUGUUGAAACAACACUUGAAGGAACCAUCUAG